AUGAGUCCCAAAAACAUCACCAUAAUCGGCUCCCUCAACACCGACCUCGUCACGCGGACGCGGCGCCUCCCCGCGCCCGGCGAAACCCUCACCGCAAAGUCGUUCAACACCGCUCCCGGUGGCAAGGGCGCGAACCAGGCUGCGGCCGCUGCACGACUCUCCGGCGACGGCGUGGUGGUCAAGAUGGUGGGGUGUGUGGGGGGCGACGAGUUUGGGCGGGAUUUGAAGCAGGCGCUGGUGGACAGUGGGGUGGAUGUGGAGGGUGUGGUUGUGGAUAAGGUGGAGAAGAGCGGGACGGCGAUCAUCAUCGUCGACGAAGACACCGCGGAAAACCGCAUCCUCAUAAACCUCGGCGCAAACGCAAAGGUCACGAAAGUCCUCUUUCCAGAUAGCUAUUUCACCUCCAUGAACCCGCCCAUAUCCGCGCUCCUGAUGCAGCUCGAGAUCCCGCUACAGACCGUUCUGCAUCUGCUCAAUCUCGCCGACGCAGCCGGAAUAACGUCCAUCUUCAACCCAGCUCCCGCAGUGCCUAUACCCGUCAACUUCUACCCAAAGAUGGACCACCUGAUCGUCAACGAGACCGAGGCUGCCCUUCUCACUGGGGAGGAGGUUGAGGAGCUGGAUGUUGAAGCUGCGGCUAAGACUCUUUUGGAGAGGGGUGUGAAGGGGAGUGUUGUGAUCACUCUAGGUGCAAAGGGGGGGUAUUUCAGCACUGUGGAUGGAAAGGGCGGGUGGAUGAAGCCUGAGGUGAUGGAGCCAAAGGAUGUGGUUGAUACCACGGGUGCGGGAGACACAUUUGUUGGUGCCUUUGCGGUUGCAAUUGUUGAGGGUAAGAGUGUUGAAGAGGCGGUAAAGUGGGCUGGGGUUGCGGCGGGGAGGAAGGUGCGAAAGAGAGGAGCAAUGGCGGGGAUCCCGUGGAGAAACGAAUUGUAG